UCCCAGCAUCUUCUCAGCUAAAUCCAUCAUGAAACUCUUUAUUCUUCUGUUGAGCUUGACUCUGGCCUUUGCCGAUCACCAUGAGGGUCACUCUCAUGACCAUGACCAUGGCUCGGGCUAUGUGGUGAAGACGCACGAGGAUCUGGUCAGGUUCCGCAAUAUAUGCGCCGAGCAGGUGCAUGCCAGCGCCGAAGAUGUGGCCAAGUAUGUGAAGUGGGACUUCGCGGAUGAGGAGAAGAGCCGUUGCUACCUGAAGUGCAUAUUCGAGCAUUUUGGCCUGUUUGAUGCCACGCACGGCUUCGAUGUGCACAAGAUCCAUGAGCAGCUCGCCGGCGGCUCCCACGUGGACCACGCGGAUGAAGUGCACCAGAAGAUCGCCGACUGCGCGGACAACAAUGCCCAAGGCAGCGAUGCCUGCACCUGGGCCUAUCGCGGCGGCAUGUGCUUCAUGCGCUCCAAUCUGCAGCUGGUGCAGCAGAGUGUCAAGGCCUAAGUUCCCAGACUACCAGACCAGACUACCCAGACAUUAACAAUUUGAUUUGCCAAAAUAAACUUUGCAUUCUCUUUA